UUGAUGUGCUCCUAAUGUCCGCUAGGAGGCGGCACUGAGCCGCGGGGGGGAAAGCGGGGGGCAGGCAUCGAGUCAGUAGCAGGCAGCCCGGAGUGCCGCUGAGUCGGGCAGCGCAGACAGACACAGAGGAAGGCUGGUGGAGGACGGAAGGCUGCUUCAUGCCGCCUGGGUUUGCUGGGAUUUAAAAAAUCUGACGUCCAGCGCUGCGCGACGGACUCUGUUGGUCCUGGAUAACACAACAAAAUGCAUCGUUUGGGGAUUUGGGUGCUGAUGGCCGCUCUGCAGGUUGUUGUUCUGGGUGGAGAGGCCGAGCAUUCGUUAUCAAGCAAGCAGGGGUCGCUGCCAUGCAUGAGGGGCUUUACUCAGAAGGAAUACAUCAUCGCAACGGACCAGGAGUUGGCAAAGGGACAGGCCAUCUUCAACGUGAGCUUCAUGGACUGUGGUGGAGGAAAGGUGUGGUUCAAGGCUGGAGAUCCUUCUGAUUUCAGAGUGAGCGAGGAUGGUGUGGUCUACACGCUGCGACACCUCAGCCUAGGGGGAAAGGCAAAAGCCAUGGUGGUGGUCUAUGCUCAAGACCUGCAAUCCAAACAGGUCUGGAAGACCAGAGUGCACCUCUAUGCAGGAUCUCAACAGGUAAAGCCCAGUGAUGUAACACUGACUCAGCGGGUACCAGAGAUCUUGUUUCCAUGGCGCAGCGUGGUUGUCAGGGGUGAUGGUACUCUGAGGCGAGUGAAGAGGGACUGGGUCAUUCCACCUAUCAACGUCCCUGAGAACUCACGAGGACAGUUCCCUGAGGACCUAGUCAGAAUCCGCUCAGACCGGGAUAAGAACAGGAUGCUACGCUACAGUGUGACGGGCCCUGGGGCUGACCAGCCUCCAACCGGCAUCUUCAUCAUCAACCCAAUCUCUGGCCAGCUGUCCGUCACUAAGCCUCUGGACAGAGAGCACAUCUCCAACUUCCAUUUGCGAGCCCACGCUGUAGACCUGAAUGGGAAUCAGGUGGAGAACCCCAUCGACAUUGUUAUUAAUGUCAUUGACCAGAAUGACAACAGACCAGAGUUUAUGCACACCAUCUUCAACGGUUCUGUACCGGAGGGAUCCAAGCCUGGAUCCUUUGUGAUGACUGUGACAGCAGUGGACAAGGAUGAUCCAAAAACUGCCAAUGGGAUGCUGCGAUAUAAGAUUCUCUCUCAGAAUCCCCAGAGCCCCUCCUCCAACAUCUUUACUAUUAAUAACAAGACUGGUGACAUCAUCACUGUGGCAGCAGGCCUCGACCGGGAGAAAGUCACCCAGUACACCCUGAUCAUCCAGGCUACAGACAUGGAGGGAAACCCCACCUACGGCCUAUCCAACACAGCCACCACAGUCAUCAGGAUUACCGAUGUCAACGACAAUCCCCCGGAAUUCACCACAGACACAUUCUUUGGGGAGGUUCAUGAGAACAGGGUGAAUGUAAUCGUUGCUAACCUGACUGUGACGGAUAAGGACCAGCCUCACACUCAAGCCUGGAGCGCCGUGUACCGCAUCAUCUCUGGAGACCCCACUGGCCACUUCUCCAUCCCCACUGACCCCACCACCAAUGAGGGCCUGCUCACUGUGGUCAAGCCCAUCGAUUUUGAGCUGACCCGUUCCUUCAUGCUGACGGUGGAGGCAGAGAACGAGGUCCCGCUGGCCCGUGGUAUCCAUUUGCCUCGUCAGUCCACAGCAACUGUCUCUGUACAAAUCCUGGACAUCAACGAGAGUCCAGAGUUCAGCCCCAACCCCAAGUCCAUCAAACUGGAGGAAGGUCUACCUGCUGGGUCGCUUCUCACGACCUUCACCGCCCAGGACCCGGACCGCUUCAUGAGACAGACUGUCCGGUACUCCAAGAUGUACGACCCUGCCAACUGGCUGGAGAUUGACCCAGUUAAUGGUCGGAUUUCCACCAUCGCCAUCCUCGACCGGGAGUCACCUUACGUCAAGAACAACCUCUACAAUGUUACCUUCAUGGCUUCUGAUAACGGCAUCCCUCCCGCCAGUGGGACAGGCACCCUUCAGAUGUACCUGCUGGACAUAAAUGACAAUGCGCCUCAUGUGUUCCCUCCUGAGGUGGAAAUGUGUGAGAAGCCAGAUCCCAAUGCCAUCAACAUCACAGCCAGCGACCCUGACCUCACCCCUAACGCUGGACCCUUUGCAUUUGAGCUAGCCAGUCGACCAUCAGAUGUACGCCGUAACUGGACUCUGGGUCGCCUCAGUGGCGAGUAUGCUCAGCUUCGACUGAGGAUUGGCUCCCUGGCCAGUGGGAUCUACGAGGUUCCCAUCGUGAUCACAGACUCUGGCAACCUGCCCAUGUCCAACACGUCCUACCUGAGGGUGAAGGUCUGCCAGUGUGAUCACCAUGGAGACUGUGUGGACAUGGAGCGAAUCAUUGCUGCCGGACUGGGCACGGGAGCUAUCAUCGCAAUCCUGAUCUGUAUCAUCAUACUAUUAGUGCUGGUGCUGCUGUUUGUGAUGUGGAUGAAGAGGAGGGAUAAAGAGCGGCAGGCCAAGCAGCUGCUCAUUGACCCAGAGGACGAUGUCCGAGACAACAUCCUCAAAUAUGACGAGGAGGGAGGUGGAGAGGAGGACCAGGACUAUGAUCUGAGUCAGCUGCAGCAGCCUGAUGCCCUGGAGUCAGAGUGUGUCAAGGUGGGGAUCAGACGUCUGGAUGAGAGGCCACUCCAUCAUGACCACCAGUACCCCCUCCGUUCCGCUGCCCCCCACCCAGGAGACAUAGGAGACUUCAUCCAUGAGGGCCUGAAGGCAGCAGACAAUGACCCCACCGCACCCCCAUAUGACUCCCUGCUGGUGUUUGACUAUGAGGGCAGUGGUUCCACCGCUGGCUCCCUCAGCUCCCUGCACUCCUCCUCAAGCUGCGGAGACCAGGACUACGACUACCUUGGCGACUGGGGGCCACGCUUCCGCAAGCUGGCUGACCUGUACGGUGGAGGAGAUGAUUAGCACCCUGAACCCCUACCCACAGCAACCACCCUUCCCACCCCACCCUUGCUCCAAGGCUCAGUUGGUGGGUGGGAUUAAUGAAAGAGGAUAUGGGGUAAACAUGGGGUAUGGAUUGGCACUUCUGUAUUAUCACGGGACAGCUUGUAAAGAGACUUGCUGCCUCUUGAUGACGGUUGAUGACACUAGGGACCAUUCUGACUCCUGGCCUAGCAAGGCCUGGCACCGGCUAUCAUUCAGGCUAAUGGACAUUAAUAUCUGAGCGUUAGCCUCAGUGCUAAAAAAAUGUGAGCAGCCAGAACAGUGCACUCUGAGGGGAUGUUAUCUUUCUGAUGGUUAAGAGCUACGACAGCCAUGCUACAGAUGCUCAUUUACACUUGAAUCUCACAGUACAGGAGCACUGGGGUCAAAUGUGCCUUUUUGUACAUUCUUUUGAUUGUGUUCAGUCUUGUUGCUUUAAAGCUCCCAGUGUUUUGCAACAGCAACUGCAGGAGCACUUGCCAUGAUAAUGACUGUGUGCGCGUGUGUGUGUGUGUGUGUGGGUGAGUGUGUAUUUGGGUUCUAUGUCAUUAUUUGUAUGUGUGACAGUGUGGGUGAGUCAUUUCCACAGAGACACACUGGAUGGACACUCUAAAGGGCAAAGCCUACUAUUAGAUGCCUUGGAUGAUCCUACUAGCAAAAAUCAUGGCUUUACUGUACAGCUCUGGGUUUUAAAAGUUUUCUUUUUCAAUCUGAUAUACGUUUGCUCCCAAUAUAUGAUAAUUAUUAGAUCUUAGUCAAUUAGUUGUCUUAGUAUUGCAGUACUGUUUGUCUUAGUGAGUGACAUACAAACUGAGUCCUCUAACUAGAAGCCUACUCACAGCCAUUGUCAUUAUAUAGUACAGUGAAUAUGUGGCAAUGGAACACCUUUCUCUGUGAUACAGCAUAUGCAAUUGUUACAUAGAUUUUUGAAGUGAAUGUCUGUGUGUGGAAACAAGGGGUUGAGCACACUACAUGGACUUACUGUGAGAGUUAACAAUGCUGACUGAGAUCAGAGGUUUUAAUUUUCUCUCGGCUCUCACGCACUGAUUUUACUCUGCAAACUCUGAUUCAAUUCAGUCUAAUUCAACAUCACAUCACGUCAAAGCUUUGAUUGAACUGCUAUGAAGAAUGGCUGCCUCCCCUGGCUUUCAGCACUGUUAGAUAUUUGAGAACAUUUAGCGACACAAUGAAUUUAAAUAACUUCCUUUCUGAGUCCAGGAGGUUUUUACAUGAAAAAAAUGUUAUUUGUAGUGCAGUUUAAAUAUUGUAUGUAUGUACUAGCUGCAUGUUCACAAAUGGGAAGUGUAAACGGGAAGUAGUGUAGUUUUUUUGCAGGAUGACAAAUUAUGGAAACAAAGCUGUGAAAGACACAGUGAUAAAAUAUAAUUUUCAUUUACGUGCUUGUGCAGAUGAAAGAAAAAAAACACAGAAUCAAGGACACAAGCAGAGAAAACUAAAUCUAUAAACGUUUGAAGGACUUUUGGCUGCAGAGCAACAAGAAGAUCUGUGAAAUGACCAAUAAAUUAAAAUUCCCAUCAUGAAGGAAGUUCAUGGACUAAUGAAAUAUGUGAUGAAUAUUACAGAGAGAGCAAGAGUGAAUUUGUGUCAGUAGACACGUUCUGUGUGGACUUUGUAUUUACAGAUGAAUAUGUGUGUUUGAUGAACAGGUGGUGAACAGAAUAUAAAGUGACCUAGAUGCGAUUAAUAUUCAGGUUUACUGCUUAAAAUGACCAAUCUAACACCUUUCAGUGGUAGAGGACCAGAGCGGCAAACAGAGGCAGGAAACCAAACUGCUAUCUUUACUUUCUCUACUGAUCCGUGUCUCUAACAGUUAGGAUUGACAAACAUCAAUUUAAGUAAUUAAGUUGAUGUAGAUGAUGAAGUUGACUUCACUGAUUUGCUUAUUGCAGUGUAGCAAUUGCAUAUGUUGCAGUUUUUCUCUUAUGCUCCAAAAGUUUAGUCUAGGGCAAGAGGAAAUAAAUCAUUUUGUGUAAACGUGUAAACACAUGAUAUACUGUACAAAGGAUCUGAAGUUACACAAAAUGUCAAAUAUCUACAAAAUAUAUACAAAAUCCAAUCCAAACCAAAAAACAUCAACAAAAUGGAGGGAAUUCACUGAAUGAGGCCAACAUAUUUAGAAUUACAUGCCCACCAAAGGUUACAGCUGUAACAGUGAAAUAUGUAUAGGUAACAAACAUAGUUCUAAUGACAGCACCCACUUCAUAGCUUUUAUUGUACUAUCCCUAAUAUAAGAUGAUUAUUAGAUGAUCCCCUUUUCCGACACCUGUUUUUGAAAAGACUCUGAAGAUAAGAAACACUUCAUCAAACCUGUCCUUUUUGGAAAAGUUCAGUUCAGUCCUGAGUGAUUUGCAGCUGGAGACAGUUUUUGAGUUUCCUGUACCUUUAAAUCAAUUGGACGAAUUGCCCUUAAGUUUUUUGACUACCUUCAUGCUUCUCAAGGGGUUCAGUCUGUUGAAUUUAGAACCCAAGCAUCAUAUUCAGGACCAGUCUUACAUAAUGUUAAGACUGUCUGAAUAGCAUUAUUUCAGGUGGAGUAGCAGCCUUUCACAGUUUCUAUUGAUGUUGGUCAAACCCAGAACUGUACAAAAAAGAGCUACAUAUUUUUGCCAGUUUGAUGUUCCAAAGCUCGUUAGAACACAUGUACAGUAAUGCUAGACUUUAGAUAGAUCUCCUCUGUUUUUUUGUUUUGCUUUUCUCACAAUGUAACUUAUGCAGCUGAUUGCUAAUAAAGGGAGACAUCAGUCCUUGUUUUGUAGCAAAAGUACUUCUUGAUACGCUGCUGUGGUGGAUUAAAUACAAAAAAAGGCAAUGUUUCUUCUGUCUGCUGAUGAUUUGCCUUAGUGUUCUCUGGUACCCUCCAACUGGCUACUCACUGUAAACUGAAAUAUGUACAGAUUGUAUUUUUUCUCUUGUUGUUCUUUUGGCUGUGGUCUCUGAAAAUGACAUGCUAAUAUCCUGAAUCCUUGUAUAUGUGUAAUUUGGAUUACAAAUUAAAACGUUUUUGCAUGUUUU